GAUCUCCUCCCCCUCGAUGCAUCGAUCUGAUACUUUUUCCUACUCCACCUCAAUUUGAAAUCAGGCAAGGCAUGCGGACAAGAUGUGGUUUCCACUUCGAUUUCGAAUCGAAACUGAGGCCCAGAAAGCGGAUGCGUGCGGAGGUAGUAGAAGAGUCCGUCGAAAAGGCUGAUUUGUUCGAUUGCCUUCAUGACGACAUCGUCAUCGUGAUACUCUCCUUUGUCAGUGGCUCCGCGGAGCGUCCAUCGGAUCUGCUCAGCGUAAUGAAAACAUGCAAAAGGAUGAACCGAUUGGGGAAGAGUCCCUUUGUUCUGAAGAAGGCGGCGCUGGAAUCGAUCUCGAUUGGGGUUAAAAAUUGGUCGCAGCCGACACACAAGUUCUUGGAGAUGUGUGCCGAUGCAGGGAAUUUAGAAGCAUGCUACUUGAUUGGGAUGAUUGAAUUCUAUUGCUUAGGGAUUUCAAAUCUCGGCGGCUCGGACGGCGUAAUGUUCAUGAAAAAGGGAUUGCGUUCUUUGAUACGAGCAACGAAGCGGGGUCACGCGCUGGCGACGUACUCACUCGCCGUGAUUUGCUUUAAUGGCGGCGCAGUGAGGAAGACUGGCAGGCAUCUUCGCAUGGGAGUCGCCCUCUGCAUCCGUGCAGCCCAGUUAGGUCAUGUUGAUGCCAUGCGAGAGCUUGGACAUUGUUAUCUCGAUGGCUAUGGCGUACCUAAAAAUGUGACUAAAGGAGUCCAGCUGAUUCGUGAUGCCAACGCCCGCGAGCUUGCCGCCCCUCUCAACAAUCUAUCCGUUCAGUCCGUAUCUGCGUCGAAUAAACAGAGUUGCCAUCCCCGCAAAGUGGCGUGUGAUUGUUCGCCAGAACCGCACCCAGCCAACCGUUUCAUGGCGGAGUGGUUCGAGAGGAUGAAGGAUUUAGGCCGACGCGUUCAAGUUUGUGCCAACUCUAAUUGUUGCCGGCCGGAGUUAAGAAGAUUCGAAUUCCGGCGAUGCUCGACGUGUGCCUUUGUUAGCUAUUGCUCCCGGGCGUGCCAAGUGGUUCACUGGAAGAUGGAUCAUGGGGUCUUGUGCACGACGAGAACAAGAUGGCUCGAGGGUCUUGUAAAUGCCCCUAAUCGGAAUUGAGGCAUUAUAUAUUGUUCUUUAAUCCAUGUUAGCGAGGUUAGGAAUUUGUUGUUGUAU